UGAUUAGUACCGUUCUAAACUUGAAAAUCGUCGUGAAGAUACCUAUUGGCAAGAGCUGCAGCCUGCGCCCCUCUGCCGCUUGUUUUCCUCGAGCUCUGCUUUGUGGGCGCAAUAAUAAUAUCAAAACAGCGUCAGGUACACGAAGACUCUGAGGCAAAAACAGCUUGAGCAGCAUGGGGAAGGCCAAGACGUCCCGCAAGGGCAAAAAGGCGUGGCGGAAGAACAUCAGCUCUGAGGCGCACGAGGAGCUGGUGGAGCAGAGCACCAAGGAGGCCAGGGUGGGAGGACCGCUCGACCAGCUGCCAGACGAUGCGCUCUUUUUUGUGGAUAAAGAAAAAGAUCUUGCGGUAGAGAGGAAAGUGAACAAGGUCAGGAACAAGGGCCCGCUGCAUUGUGAGAGCAUCUUAGCGAGGAGCUCUCUCGUGGCGCCCGUGCGAUGGUCAACCAGAAAGAAAGCAGCAGAGAAUAAGGCUGCACCGCAAAAGCUCACUGGGUCUGCAGUCAGUAUCAAAAAGGAGAGUAAAACCAAGGGGGAGAAGCGCGUCUUGGACAUCUGGGACGAUGCUUCCGCACAGCCGUCCAAGAAGGCGGCAAAGAGGCCGCAAAGCAUUGCACCCGCAGUGGAGGUAGACCUUCCAGGCUGCUCGUACAAUCCCGACACUGAAGACCAUCAGGAUGCGUUGGCCAAGGCCGUGGCUGACGAGAUGCAGAAGCAGUACGCAAAGGCGGUUGAGCCCACCCCCCCGCAACGGGCCAGCAACGGUGCACAGGAUUGGGACGAAGAAGAGCGGUUCUUCCUCGAGGCUGACGAAGCGGCGGGCACUUCGGAGGCAGAAGACGAGCAGGACGCAGAGGAAGCGCAGGUGUCGACGUCAAGAAGGGCUGACGCGAGCGGCAAGCUGACGCGUGUGGACCUGAACCGGCGGAUGCGGCGGCUGAAGCAGGAGGCCGAGGAAGCGAAGCGGAAAGAGCUCAAGAAACUGAGGACGGACCUCGAGAGGCUGGAGCAGAUCAUGGGCGACGUGGAAGCGGAGCAGCGCGAGAAGGAGAUGCGCCUUCUGCGCAAGAAGAUUGCGGCCGCAGAGCGGGCUGCGGCGGCACCUCCUCGGUUGGGAAAGCACAAAUUCAAGCCGGAGCCAGUGCACGUGCUGCUGUCGGACGAGCUCACGGGAUCGCUUCGCAAUAUGAAGGCGUACCCCGCCCUUGCAAAAGACCGCUUCAAGAGCCUGCAACGCCGGGGCCUAAUAGAGCCCCGCGUCCCGAGCAAGGGCCGCAAGAGCAACGUGCGGCGGGUGACGUACGAGCAGGGGUCCAAGGGCGCCAAGGAGCGGGAGAUGCACGCGGAGAUGCUCGCGCGCAAGGCGCUGCGGGAGCAAGGCCGCGAGUUUGAGGAGGUGCUCUAGGCGCCACUUUUCGAACAAACCUGGGCCAGCGAAAGUGGCAUUCGUCGUAAGCUUAACGACAUUGUUGUUUCUAUAAUGACUGCAUGCGGGGCAGAAGGAGGAAGCAACCCUUCAAUUGGGCCUAGCUAUCUGUGCUUUCCGAAAGAGAUUCAUUAUCAAUCUCAUAGGCCAAUCAUUAUCGGUUCCAGUUGAUUUGCUACCUUCCAACUUAUUGAAUUUGCACGGGCAUAGAAAAACUUGCUUUCACAUGGAACUUGCCACCGCAUGAGAAUGGCAAUUUUGUACUAUAUAUAGCAAUCAAACGUGCGUGCAGAUUUUUGUGGGAGA